GAGGGAAAGGAUAGAUAGAUAGAGGGAGGGAGAAAAUGUAUUGAGGAGUAAGACGGGGAGUAUCGUUGACAUCAACCAGCAGUGUUUAAAGCUACCCGACCGGAGAUGGUCCCCCUACACAUGAGCGCAGAGUAGCGGUCCUGUAGGGCUUCUGAGGAGGCGAGAGGAAAGCUUGCGUUCCCUGACGAAAAGUAAAACCUUUCUGAGGAGCUCAGCUGUCAAAUGGGAUUAUUAUUUCUGUCCGGGGUUCAAGGGAAACUGCCAGCUGAAAAUCCAUCCACAUGAAUUUAUCAGACCAAAAAGAAGACGGAACACUCACUUUCCCUAUUAAGGUCCACUGGAUGGUCACACUGAGAAUUCCACAGAGCAGGCCAUGAUGCCUCAGCCAGGGCUGUAGGGAACACCCAGGGAGUGCCAAGCCCUGCUGAGGGAAGUUUCCCCCACCCCAUCCCCACCUCCACCCCAUAUCGCAGGAGGUACCAUGGUUCCCCCCAGGCCAGGUGGAACUGUAGCCCAGUCCAGGGCGACUCGUCCUGGGUACGGACUCUGCUUGUACCCCCCUUGUCUGCUGCUGCCACUGCUGGUGCUCACAUCCCUGCCCAACCUGUCUGGGGCGGUGGCGGCACCCAAGUUCACCAAGAUCCCCGGGGACCAGAUCGGGGUAUCGGGGGGUGUUGCCUCGUUUGUGUGCCAGGCGUCAGGUGACCCCAAACCCAUGGUCAACUGGAACAAGAAGGGCAAGAAGGUCAACUCCCAACGCAUAGAGACAAUAGAGUUUGAUGAUGGAGCGGGGGCCGUACUGAGGAUCCAGCCUCUCAGGGCCCCCCGAGAUGAGAAUGUCUAUGAGUGUGUGGCCCGCAACAGUGAGGGAGAUGUGGCCACCACUGCCAAGCUGGCCAUCAUACGAGAGGACCUGUUGCCAUUUGGUUUCCCCAGCAUUGACAUGGGUCCUCAGCUGAAGGUGGUGGAGAGGACCAGGACGGCCACCAUGCUGUGUGCUGCCAGUGGCAUCCCUGACCCAGAGAUCUCCUGGUUCAAAGACUUCCUCCCUGUAGAGCCCAGCUCCAGCCAGGGACGCAUUAAACAGCUGCGCUCAGGUGCCCUCCAGAUAGAGAACAGUGAGGAGUUAGACCAGGGAAAGUAUGAGUGUGUGGCCACUAACUCUCAGGGAGUGCGUUACUCUUCCCCGGCCAACCUGUAUGUACGAGAGCAACGAGAAGGAUCAACAGACAAAUUGCGUCGUGUGCCUCCUCGUUUCUCCAUCCUGCCCUCCAACCAUGAGAUCAUGCCCAGCGGCAGCAUCAACAUCACCUGUGUGGCGGUGGGUUCACCCAUGCCCUACGUCAAAUGGAUGCUGGGUAGUGAGGACCUGACACCCGAGGACGAGAUGCCGGUGGGGCGGAACGUUCUGGAGCUCAACGGAAUCAGGGAGUCGGCCAACUACACCUGUGUGGCCAUGAGCAGUCUGGGGGUUAUAGAGGCCACUGCACAGGUGUCAGUUAAGACUCUUCCCAAGCCUCCCGGUACCCCCAUCGUCACGGAGACGACUGCCACCAGCGUCACCAUCACCUGGGACUCCGGUAACCCCGACCCGGUGUCCUAUUACAUCAUCCAGUACCGGGCCAAGGCACCAGACAGCAAGUACGAGACGGUGGACAGUAUCACCACCACCAGGUACAGCAUUGGAGGGCUCUACCCCAACACGGAGUAUGAGAUCAGGGUGUCAGCCGUCAACAGCAUCGGCCAGGGACCCUCGUCCACCCGGGUGGAGGCCAGGACAGGGGAGCAGGCCCCGGCUAGCCCCCCCAGGAACGUCCAGGCCAGGAUCAUCUCCAAGAACACUGUCAUGGUCCGCUGGGAGGAACCAGAGGAGCCCAAUGGACAGGUGAAAGGUUACCGGGUGUACUACACCAUGGACCCAUCUCAGCCCAUGAGUCUGUGGCAGAUCCAUAAUGUUCAGGACAGCACCAUCACCUCCAUCCAGAGCCUGGUACCCUCUGAAACAUACACUGUCAGAGUCCUGGCCUUUACAUCUGUGGGAGACGGACCCUUCUCAGAUCCUGUCCAUGUCAAAGUGCUGCCCGGAGUUCCAGGGCAGCCAGGAAAGUUCAAGGUGGGCAAGGUGACGGAGACCAGUAUAGAGCUGACCUGGGAACCGUCCUACAUCAAGGAGGGCAUCGUCAACUACGAACUGCUCUACAAACCUGUCAAGUUCGGCAGCCUGGAGAAGUUGACGUUUGGGCCCAGGGCUUCGUACACAGUGGAGGGUCUGAGGGCUAACACGGAGUACUCCUUCUCCCUGGCUGCCAUUUCUAACAAAGGCAUCGGAGCCUUUACCAACGAGCUGGUCCAGAGGACAGCACAAGCCAAUGUCCCGAGGAAUUUCUCAGUGAACUUGGCGACCAAGACGAGUGUUCUCCUGACCUGGGAGUUCCCUGAGAGCCCCUACCCCUACCACUUCACUGUGGAGUAUAACCGCCAGAAGAUGGAGGUGGAUGCCAAGCUGAGGAAAGCAGUGAUCCCCAACUUGCAGCCAGAUACCGACUAUGACUUCAAGAUCACCUCCUCUGAGGGCAACAUGGGCGGGCUGAGGCACCGCAUCCACGCCAAGACCUCUCCACCAAUUGCCAUCCGCCGUCCGGAGAUUGACCACACCCGUGACACGGAGACCACCAUCACCAUAAUCCUGCCCUCGCUGGAGAAUCGCAUCCCUGUCAAGAACCUGUAUGUGGUGGUAGUUCCUCUGAGGAGGGCGAGGGGGGUCAUUAGACAUCUCAAGAGCCCAGACGAGAUGGACUUGGAGGAGUUGUUGAAGGACAGCAGUCAGAGACAGAGGGAAUCUAGACAGCAGAAACAGGUAGACCUGCGCAGAGCCUACAUCUCAGCCCUCUUCACCCCUGCUACUCUGCCAGCCUUCUUCACUCUGGGGGACCAGCUGGACUAUGGAGGCUUUGAGAACCGCGCUCUAGAACCAGGACAGGAGUACGUGUUCUUCAUCUUGGCAGAACUCAAUGGCACCACAGUGAAGAUGUAUGCGGACAGUCCGUACACAGAGCCAGUGAUCGCUCCGGACUCAGACCCCCAGCCCCUGGAUGCGGGGGAUGGUCUGAUCUGGGUGGUGGGACCCGUCCUGGCUGUAGUCUUCAUCAUCUGCAUCGUCAUCGCCAUCCUGCUCUACAAGAACAACAAGCCAGACAGCAAGAGGAAGGACUCCGAGCCAGGCACCAAGAGCCUUCUGUGUAAUGCUGAGAUGAUGGCCCACCACCCCACAGACCCUGUUGAGAUGAGACGCAUCAACUUCCAGACCCCUGGUAUGAUGAGCCACCCUCCCAUUCCCAUCACAGAGCUGGCUGAACACACAGAGAUACUCAAGGCCAAUGAUAGCCUGCGUCUGUCUCAGGAGUACGAGUCCAUCGACCCCAGUCAGCAGUUCACCUGGGAGCACUCCAACCUGGAGGUGAACAAGCCCAAGAACCGUUAUGCUAACGUCAUCGCCUAUGACCACACCCGCGUCGUCCUCGCCCCCAUAGAAGGUUCAAGUCCAGGUAUCCUGGGCAGUGACUACAUCAAUGCUAACUACAUAGACGGCUACAGGAAGCAGAAUGCCUACAUCGCCACACAGGGCCCGCUGGCAGAGACAUUCGGGGACUUCUGGAGGAUGGUGUGGGAACAGAGAGCAGCCUCUGUGGUCAUGAUGACCAGACUGGAGGAGAAGUCACGGAUAAAGUGUGACCAGUACUGGCCAAGCCGGGGUACAGAGACCUAUGGGAUGACUCAGGUCACCAUACUGGACACUAUGGAACUAGCCACAUUCUGCGUGCGCACCUUCUCCCUGCAGAAGAAUGGUUGUAAUGAGCGGAGGGAGGUACGUCAGUUCCAGUUCACUGCCUGGCCAGACCACGGUGUACCAGAGUACCCCACUCCGUUCCUGGCCUUCCUACGCAGGGUUAAAGCCUGCAACCCCCCUGACGCUGGUCCUGUCAUCGCACACUGCAGUGCGGGCGUGGGUCGUACCGGUUGCUUCAUCGUGAUCGACGCCAUGCUGGAACGGAUCAGACAUGAGCGCACGGCCGACAUCUAUGGUCAUGUGACUCUGAUGAGGUCACAGCGGAACUACAUGGUGCAGACGGAAGACCAGUACGGCUUCAUCCACGAGGCGCUGCUGGAAGCAGUGGCUUGUGGGAACACGGAGGUGGCGGCCCGGAGUCUGUUCUCCUACAUGCAGAAGCUGGGCAAGGUGGAGAGUGGAGAGCACGUCACUGGCAUGGAGCUGGAGUUCAAGGAACGUGUUUCUGUGGGGGGGAAACUCAAUCCCCCCCUUCACCCCUCCCCCUCCCCCCAGCGUCUGGCCAACACCAAAGCCCACACGUCUCGGUUUGUCAGUGCCAACCUGCCAUGUAACAAGUUUAAGAACCGCCUGGUCAACAUCAUGCCCUAUGAGACCACCCGCGUCUGUCUGCAGCCAAUCCGAGGUCUGGAAGGAUCAGAUUACAUCAAUGCCAGCUACAUUGAUGGAUACAGGCAGCAAAGAGGUUACAUGGCCACCCAGGGCCCACUGGCUGAGACCACAGAGGACUUCUGGAGGAUGCUGUGGGAACACAACUCUACCAUCGUGGUCAUGCUCACUAAACUGAGAGAGAUGGGACGGGAGAAGUGCCAUCAGUACUGGCCCGCAGAGCGGUCUGCUCGGUACCAGUACUUUGUAGUGGAUCCCAUGGCUGAAUACAACAUGCCUCAGUAUAUCCUCAGAGAGUUUAAGGUCACCGAUGCAAGGGAUGGCCAAUCACGGACAGUUCGUCAGUUCCAGUUCACCGAUUGGCCAGAGCAGGGAGUUCCUAAAUCUGGUGAGGGCUUCAUCGACUUCAUUGGCCAGGUGCACAAAACCAAGGAGCAGUUUGGACAGGACGGCCCAAUCAGUGUCCACUGCAGUGCGGGUGUGGGGAGGACCGGAGUCUUCAUCACUCUGAGUAUCGUUCUGGAGAGGAUGCGUUACGAGGGAGCUGUGGACAUCUUCCAGACUGUCAAGAUGCUGAGGACACAACGCCCUGCCAUGGUACAGACGGAGGAUGAGUACCAGUUCUCCUACCAGGCUACCCUGGAGUACCUGGGGAGUUUUGACCACUAUGCAACCUAAGAGAGGAGAGGAACUGUCAUCCCUCCAUCCUUCUGUUCAGAUAGAGGUCCACAGAGACGAGGAACAACGAAAGAGAGGCGCAGACUGGAAAACGACUAAACAAUUAACCUUAUAUCCCAUUGGAGGGGCGACGCUACUAACAAGGAGUAAUUAUACAAGAACAACAACAGCAACAUACAAAACAACAACAACAACAUACAAAACAACAACAACAACUAGACAAAUGUCAAAUAAAACCUGUACUCUCAGGAAAGACCUGCAAAGGAUGUGUUGGGAGUCAGAGACAGACUAUUACAUGUGUAAUCCUGCAUAUUCUUCUUACCUCAGUGUUUUAUAAAACCUGUGUGUUGUGGUCAGCUAUUUCAAAAACAAAACCAGUGAUGUAUAAAAGGACAACAAAAAGCCUGGAUAUCUGCUGCACCUUAAAUGGGUUUUCUAUCUUGUCUUUCUAUCUGUGGGUUUAGUGUACGAGGGGGGAACACUUCCACGUGUCUGUGGGUUUAGUGUACGAGGGGGAACACUUCCACGUGUCUGUGGGUUUAGUGUACGAGGGGGGAACACUUCCACGUGUCUGUGGGUUUAGUGUACGAGGGGGAACACUUCCACGUGUCUGUGGGUUUAGUGUACACAGGGGGAACACUUCCAUGUGUCUGUGGGUUUAUUGUACAAGGGGGAACACUUCCAUGUGUCUGUGGGUUUAGUGUACAAGGGGGAACACUUCCACGUGUCUGUGGGUUUAGUGUACACAGGGGGAACACUUCCACGUGUCUGUGGGUUUAGUGUACGAGGGGGAACACUUCCACGUGUCUGUGGGUUUAGUGUACACAGGGGGAACACUUCCACGUGUCUGUGGGUUUAGUGUACACAGGGGGAACACUUCCACGUGUCUGUGGGUUUAGUGUACGAGGGGG